AUGAAUGCCAAUCGCAGUAGUCCCGAAUCAACACCCAUAUGCCGAUGUCGCGUUUUGUACAUGGGAUCGGCUGUUCCACACGUAACGAAAGAUGGGCUACAAGGAAUACAAGAACCUUUAAAGGAAUUAUAUCCGGAACAAGGAGCACUCGGUGCCAGGGGAAUCGAUUCUUGGUUAAGCGUUUGGAGUAACGGACUCUUAUUGGAAAACGUUGACGAAAAUCAUAAAAAAGUUACGAGGUUUUUUCCCAUUGAAUCCCUUCAUUAUUGUGCGGCCGUAAGAUAUGUUUUGGUACCUGAAAAAGCUUCACAAAAUCCUUCAACUCCUAAAUUUCUGCCCCUCGACAGUCCCUUCGCGAGAACUCCCAAUCCAUCGCAUCCUCCGUUGUUUGCCGCCAUUUUACGACGAAUAACAGGGAUUAAAGUUUUGGAAUGUCACGCAUUCAUAUGUAAACGCGAAAUGGCUGCAAAUGCUUUAGUCAGAUGUUGCUUCCACGCGUACGCGGAUUCAUCGUAUGCGAAACACAUAGACGAGAAAGGUAGUUUAUACGGAAACAAUCAGGGAAAUGAUUCUAUCGAUCGCGUAGAAAUUUGGAGACAAACGUCUAAGAACAACAGCAAAAACGGAAGCACAACAACUUUGAACAGUCACGGUGGAAACUUGGGAACGUUGAGAUCGGUCGAUCAAAUGACUUUGGGAGAUGACGUGAGCGUUUACAACGGGAAUGAAAAUCAUAAAGUUUGGGCCGGACUUUCAUCCAAUGAAAAUAUAUACGGGAGCACGAACGUUGCUUACAGUUCGAAUUCCAUGAAAAUCGGAAAAUCGGCAAGGCCGAGGCAAGCAGUCACGCCGGCUCCUCCUCCUCCGCCUCCCUUUAAGGAUGACAAAAAAAAAUUAAAAAAAGAACAGGAAAAAAAACGGAAAAAGAAUACAAAUGAAUACCGGGACGACGCAAACUCUCUCAUAAAUCAUUCAAUGAUGAGGCAUGCUCAAAGCGUUAAUAAUUUAAAUACGAGAGGAAUGAAAAUACCGAAUCAACCUGUUUACAGUAAUGGGUCCCUCAUGCGAACCAACGGUUUCGGUUCGACCCUCACUCCGAACGGAUAUUCGAAUCCGAUAAUGUACAUACCGACGACUUUACCCAAUCACGGAGGUAAAAAAAAGUCUCUGCUUCACGCUGGCACGUUUUCGCACCGGCCUAAAAACGUAAUGCCAUUCCCCGCUAGACAAGUCCCUCCUCAAUUCGUUCCUUUAACGUCUCCGGUCCCCAUCGUACCAUUUUCGUCAAAAAAAUCCAAGGGAAUACCGCCCGUGUACGCGAUGGAAGAACCGUUAUACAUGCCAUCCAACAGACCUCUGUCACCCGUGGCUAGUUAUCAACCGGGACAUUUUCCUCACGAAUCGUACUUGUUACAACAAUACGCAACAAUGGAAAACGGAAAGAAAAAAAAGAACAGGAAAAAUAAAGUGCCCCUAGCCGUACCUGUACCGAUACCGACUCCCAUGCUUCCCGACGGCGGGAUUUACAUGGGCAAUCACGGUCUCACAUCUUCGAACGGUCAAGGACCCGUGGACGUACCGUACAGUCCGAUACCCAAUGGUAAUUCUCCAUUGAACGACGAAUCCAUGGCAGAUGGUUCUCCGGGAGACGACGACGAAAGUCCAUUCAACACUGGAAUAUAUCGGAAAAAGGGUCACUUGAACGAAAGAGCUUUUAGUUAUUCGAUUCGUCAAGAACAUCGUAGCAGAUCGUAUGGAAGCUUAGCAAAUUUAAGAUCAGAAGUUCCAAAAGCUGUUUACGAAAGUAAAAGGCUAGCAGCGAUCACAGCAGGAUCAAAUAACGGAAAAUUUUUAAGAUGA